UGUCCCUCGGACACAGCUGAUCACCGAUCAAUGGAAAGAGCCAAAGAUGACGGCUCAGUCAUGUGAUCAGCUGUGUCCAAUCACAGCUGAUCACAUGGGACAUCUACACAGAUCAUCAGAGCACUGAUGAUCAGUGUGCCCUGAUGAUCUGUGUAGCCCCAGCAGUGCCACCUGUCAGUGUCCAUCAGUGCCACAUCAGUGCCACAUUUCAGUGCCUACCAGUGCACAUCAAUGGUACAUAUCAGUGCCCGUCUGACACCCAUCAGUGCCAGUCAGUGCCACCUAUCAAUGCCAGUCAGUGCCACCUAUCAGUGCCAGUCAGUGCCACCUAUCAGUGUGCAUCAAUGCCGCCUAUCAGUGCCCUUCAGUGCUACCUAACAGUGCCAGUCAGU